AUGAAUCAUAAGGAUGAUGGAAAUAUUGUUAUUCUACUUAUUAAUGCAAGGAUUAAGGAACCUCGAGGUUAUCCGUUGAAUGUUUCCAGUUCAUGGAAUGGAACAAAACUGUUGAUUAAUGAUGUCACCAUUGAAGAGAUUAACAAACUUAAAGAAGGUCUUAAGAAUGAUUUGACACUACUGUCGUCAAGUCUCCAAAUUGAUGCAACACAUAACUCACAGUUUUUUGAGUUUGAUAAGUUUGUUUGGAAAGCCGAAAUAUUGCAUCUUUCUGAAAUCAAUUUACAACAACAUGAGACUACCUGUGUAACUAUGGCAAAGUUAGAGAAAUUUGAGUGUGGGCAGUCAGGGUGGUAUUACGAUGGAUGCGUUGAUUGCACGAAGAGCGUGACUUUGAAGGAUGGGAAGCUUACAUGUUAUUCCAAACAUGCAUCUGCAGAGGCAGUACCGAGAUAUGUUCUCGAAGUUUUGUCUUCCGAUGGAAAAUUCAAGUACAAGUUUAUCUUUUGGGACGUUGACUGCGUUAAGUUAAUUGGAAAGUCUUCACUUCAAAUCAAAAUGGAUUUGAUUGAGUCCGGAGAUUAUGAUCCGCUUGAAUUCCCGUAUGAACUUGAUGCAAUUCUCCAAAAGGAAUUAGCAAUAAGAGUUGUUUUCCAUCCUAAUAAGCAUACUUCAAAGCUUCAAACCUUGGAUCUAUCAUCCCAUGAUGAAUUGAUAACUAUUUUUGAGAACUUAUCUGCAUCUGCAGAUUAUGACCCUGCAGUUCCAAUUACAGGCCUUACUCCAUCUAAGAGGUCUCUAAGUGAUGCAGUCGGUGAUUUUGAAAGUGUUCAACUAUCCUCAACCAAGAUUACUAAAGAUAUCAAAAUGGAGAAAUAG